CACACACACAUACACGCACAAGUACAGGCGCGCGCAGGGUGGGUCCUGUCCUCCUUCCCUCCCUCCCUCACUCCCUCCCUCGCGAAGAGCCCCGACGUAAAACGCGAGACGUAAUUAAUGACUCGGCCUGUGGGUCGCUUUUUGAGAGGCGGCUCCGUCUCGUGCGCCGUGAGUUGCCGUUGCCGCGCGCUGACGCCGGGCAGGAUGGAGCGCGAGCUUUCAGUCACCUGUCAAAACCACUUUGGGAGGAAUUGGGAUUUGCGCGAGAGAUGCCUUUUUUGACACAAGCGUGCAACUCUGAGCGUAAAUAAACAACAACAACAAAAACAAGAACAACACACUCCGAGCAGAGGAGCGCGUAUUUACAGGCAACUUUUAGGUUGGAGAAGUAGCCUAGUGUCGCGCGCGCUGCGAGCAGAGGAGCUGCACUCGGUAUUAGAGCAGAAAUUAGGUGAUUAGUUUCAGCUCGCGCGCGGAGGUGCCUGUUAGUCGCGCAGAACGCGCGCUGUUUUUAUCCUGCUUGUCUUCUUCUGUUUGACUCGUGCACACCGGAGCGUUCUCCCGUCCUGAAAACCCACCUGAAAGCUACGGGCUCCGGACAGAAGAGACGAGCAGAAAGUUUGCACAGAGGAAGAGGAAGAAGAGGAAGAAGAGGACUGCGUGCGUCUCACGGACUGUUUUUAUUCCUCUGUGCUGAGUGUGUGUGAGAUGCCGGGCGAUGUCCCGCCGCAAGCAGGGCAACCCGCAGCACCUGUCCGUGAGCCAGAGGGAGAGCGUGCAGCCCGAGGCCAGCCAUGAAAUGGGGGUGGAGCCUCGUUCACCAGGGGUCUGUCCUCCCAGUCCAAUGGGCAACGCUGGAGAGAGAGACCUGUUGACCUGCGGCCAGUGUCAGACCAACUUCCCUCUAGGAGACAUCUUGGCCUUCAUCGAGCACAAGCGGAGGCUGUGCCGUGGGGCCGGAGCCUGCUAUGAGAAACCCGGGGAAGGUGGCGCCACAUCAUCAUCACCGCGUGCUCUGCGAGUAGAACUUGCCAGGAGACCCCGCCCCGUGGAGAUCGGCAUCCAGGUCACACCGGGUGAGGAAGAAGAGGAAGAAAAGCGUCUAACGCCCGCCAGAGGAAUCUGCCCCAAGCAAGAGAGUGUACUGACAGGGAAAGAUGAGCCCUCUAGCUACAUCUGCACCACAUGCAAGCAGACCUUCACCAGCGCCUGGUUCCUGCUGCAGCAUGCUCAGAACACGCAUGGCAUCCGUAUCUACCUGGACAACCACCCUUCCAGCUGCUCCCUUACACCCCGUAUGGCAUUGCCCCCUCCUCUGGGAGCAGAUGCCCUGCCUCGCUCCCCUCUUGCCAGUUUCCUGGGAGACAACAGCAACCCGUUCCACUUGCUCCGCAUGGCAGCACCUCUUCUGCGAGAGCCUCAGCCUGCUGGAUACAUGGAGACCCGCUUGCCAUCUACACCACCAUUUGUAAGCCCACCUCCACCACCCCGUCAUCCCCUUGAGCGUCUGGGCCCAGAGGAGAUGGGCAUUCUCACCCAGCAUCCCAGUGCCUUUGAGCGUGUGAUGCGCCUGGCCCCAAUGCCCAUGGAACCACCAUCCAUGGAUUUCUCUCGCCGCCUCCGUGAGCUGGCCAGCAACAACAAUAAUAAUGGUGGGCCCACACCUCCUCUCUCACCCAACCGUGUGCCCCCUGUGCACAGGCUCCUCAGCCCCACGCUCUUUCAGCCUGGUGCCAAGCCAGCGCCAUUUAUGGGAACACCGACACAGCCACUUCCAGCUGCUCCCAGGUCCAGCUCUUCACCAACCUUGGGCCAGACAGGCAAGGUUAAGUCCUGUGAAUUCUGUGGAAAGACCUUUAAGUUUCAGAGCAAUCUGAUAGUACAUCGGCGCAGUCACACUGGUGAGAGGCCUUACAAGUGCCACCUGUGUGAUCAUGCCUGCUCUCAGGCCAGCAAGCUAAAACGGCACAUGAAGACCCACUUACAGAAGUCAGGUUCGUUGAGCAGCUCGCCAGAUCGGGGAAGGCGUGAUUCAACAGGAGAGGAGCAAAAGAGCGGAGAGGGCAGGGAAAUACUGGACAAUGAUGAUGAAGAUGAGGAAGAUGAGGAGGAGGAUGAGGAAGAGGAGGAGAUAGAAGAGCAACAGAAUGGCAGUAGCAGGCCCGCAUCUAAUCUCAGCAUGGACUCUGAGCUCAGCAGAAACCGGGAGAAUGAGUCCCGGCCUAUGACUGAGAAACCACUCUCCAUUGACAGAGGGAAGGAAAGCCAAUAUAAUGACAUCGACAAUCACCUGAGACUGCCUUUGGGCAACAGGCCUAGGGAACAGGCAGACACAGAUUCAUCAGCCAGAGAAACAGAUGCAGACGGUCGACCCAUGGUUAACGGCAGGGGCUGUGGACCCGAGGACUCCAUGGCAGGUUUGUUCCAGCAGAAGCCUGUACAUAUCUCUAGCCCAAACCUCUCUGGCUCCUCAGCCAAGAGGAUCAAAGUAGAGAAGGACAUGGAGCUUCCAUCUCUGCCACUGAUUUCUUCUGAAAAUGUGUACUCUCAGCUGUUGGCUGGCUACGCUGCUUCCCGCCACUACAUCAGGGAGCCCUUUCUGGGCUUUGGUGACUCCCGGCAGUCACCUUUUGCCACAUCCUCUGAGCAUUCGUCCUCAGAGACGGGCAGUCUGCGCUUCUCCACGCCCCCUGGGGAGCUGCUGGAAGGUGGAGUGUUGUCAGGACGGAGCGGCAGCAGCACACCACACCUCCAACUCCGAGGUCCAGGUCCUGGCAGGCCUCCUGGCUCUAAAGAGAGCCGGAGGAGUGACACGUGUGAGUACUGUGGCAAGGUGUUCAAGAACUGCAGCAACCUGACAGUGCAUCGGCGCAGCCACACGGGUGAGAGGCCAUACAAGUGCGACCUGUGCAGCUAUGCUUGCGCACAGAGCAGCAAGCUCACACGCCACAUGAAGACCCACGGCCAGUUUGGCAAGGAGGUGUAUCGCUGCGAAAUCUGCCACAUGCCCUUCAGCGUCUACAGCACCCUGGAAAAACACAUGAAGAAGUGGCAUGGUGAACACUUGAUGAGCAACGAUGUCAAACUUGAGCAGGCGGAUCGAGCCUAAGUUAUGUGCACAAAAGCACAUACUUCAGACAGUAUGAUGAGUUUAGCUGGAUAAUCUUUUGAAUAAAUCUAACUAUAGAGUUUUUGGAAUGAUUUGGUGUGGUUUUUUUUGUGUUUUUUUUUUUCUAGUGCCACCUGAGAAAUAAGAACGUUAGUAAAUGUUUGUGGAUGGAUUUGAAAAAAGCCCUGCUGGCAUUCCCAGCAACCACCAGGAAUUUGUCCAUUAAGAGUCCAUGGAGCCUUUCUACUGUGCAAUAAUUUCUGUAUUUAUUGGAUCAUUUCUUGAUGAUACAUGGCAUGUGCAGGUAUAUUAUGGCAUGUGCAGGGGUUUUAAUGCAUUCCUUUGUUAGAAUAUUAUUUUCAGUCACCAUGUUAUGAUAUGACACAUACUGAGAUUUUGGCAUUCUGCCACCAUUUUGUUUGAGGUAUUUCCUGAAAGGAAAAGAAGUAACUUUAACCUGUCCUGCUAAAUUCUGAAGAAGUUGUACUUCUAAAAAUAAGAAAGAUUUUCUUGUGUACUACUGCUGUUUGCAGUCACACCAGACGUGGGUGAUAUAUUAAAACAUAAAGCACUGAAUGUCAACUUGACAAUAAAUAUUAAACAAAUUCGAGGGAUAUGGAAUACCAGGGAUGUCUCAGGCAGCUGGAUGACAGUUUGACUGUAUUUUAAUGAUUCCCUUUUGACCACCAUCCAGCUGAAUAUGUUCUUGAUAUGACUUUUAUCAUUUCAGCUGUCAAGCUUAAACAAAACAAAUUCUUUCCUACCACAAUACACUCAUUUUGACAUUGUUGAUUUAUUGUAUUCUUCAUAAGGAUGGUAAUGUGAUAUAGCCCAUAUUUUUGUGAUCCCAAUGUUUACAUUACCACAAAUUGUAAAACAAAAUAUACCACCCAGUGUAUAUUUUCUUAACACACAUGUUAAUGGGUUUGGCCUCAAAGUAGAGUAAACAUACAAAUUUGCUUAUUUUAUCCUGAUUGAAAUGAAAUGUUUAGCUGAUGAAAAUUGU